AUGGAUCCGAACACAAAAACAAUUAUGAUUUUCGCGUUAUUUUUUCUCUAUCUAGCAUUCCCCAAAUUUUCAGUCGCUAAUGAUGCUGAAGCCGACGAUGAAACACCAUUUACAUACGAGCAAAAUCCAGAGAAGGGACCAGAGGGAUGGAGCAAAAUAAAUCCUCAGUGGAAAGUUUGUAACACGGGAAAAUUACAAUCUCCGAUCGAUCUCACUAACGCAAGAGUCAGUCUUAUUCCUGAUGAAGCGUGGAGAAGACAAUACAAGCCAGCCCCAGCUGUUAUUAUGAACAGAGGACAUGACGUUAUGGUAUCGUGGAAAGGUGAUGCUGGCAAAAUAACGAUACGUCAAACGGAGUUUAAAUUGGUGCAAUGUCAUUGGCAUUCACCAUCUGAACAUACUGUCAACGGAACUCGUUACGACCUGGAGCUUCACAUGGUUCACACCAGUGCUGGAGGCAGAACAGCAGUGAUUGGAGUUCUUUAUAAAUUGGGCAAACCUAAUGAAUUCCUCACAAGGCUACUAAAUGGAAUAAAAACAGUGGGGAAAGAAGAGAAGGAUCUAGGAAUCGUGGAUCCAAGAACCAUUAGAUUUCAAACCAAGAAAUUCUAUAGAUACAUUGGCUCUCUCACUGUUCCUCCAUGCACUGAAGGUGUUAUUUGGACCGUUGUCAAAAGGGUGAACACGAUAUCCGUGGAGCAGAUUGCAGCUUUGAGGAAUGCCGUUGACGAUGGAUAUGAGACAAACUCAAGACCAGUUCAAGACACAAGUGGAAGACCGGUUUGGUUCUACGAUCCCAAUGUUUGA